AUGGAUCAAACUAGCGAUGAUAAGAAGCGUCGAGAAUCAUCGUCUCUAGAGGAGAGUAGUGGCGGUGGUAGACCGAACAAGAGAGCUGCACUAUCAGAGAGCAGUUCCAACAACAACGCCGUCGCAAACAGCAGUGGUGGUAACACACCGCUCGCAGUCAGUACCAACAUGAGUGCAAGUAGUUCCGGUUUGAUCGGUGGUGAUAUAAAGGAUCAAAAUGUAUUGAUCUUUCAGAAUAGAGCAAUGAAGAUACGUGUUGAAGAGCAAAAACAAGAGAUAAAUGAUAAAGAAUACAAGAUAAAAUCACUCACUACCAAAGUUCAGAGCUUCGAAGAGAUUAUCAGUUGUCUAUGUCGUGUUUGGGAUCAGUUGAAUAGCGGUUUAAAUGUAUUAUCAGGUAGAUUAGAUUUAGAACCAACUCUAGAUAAUUUAUUACCAAAUGGCAUAGGAUUAUCUUGUACAUCAGGUGAACUACCUGAUUCCGAUGAAAAUAAUAAUAAUAAUAAUAAUAAUAAUAAUAAUAAUAGUAAUAGUAAUAAUAAUAAUAAUAACAAUGAUAAUAGUAAUGAAAAUAAUAAUAAUAAUAAUGAUUGUAAUCAUUUUGUCGAAUCAUAUAAUUUCUUAACAUCCUAUAUUACCGAACCACAGACACUCGAUGAAAACUAUAUAAUGGAGCAACUACUACAGAAUCGUAUUAAAAAGACACAGGUAGCAUUCUCAAAGAUUGCUGAUAGCGUAGAGAGAGAGCAUUUUACAUCAACUUCAUUGUUUCGUUUAUUAAAGUCAUCAAGAGAGAGAAAGCGAUUGAUAAAGAUGCAGGAUGACAUUCCCAAGAUUCCUUCGAUUCGUCUGUCGUCGCCAUCACUGAGUUCCUCGACUACCACCACGACCACCACCAACGGUCCACCCACACCGAAGCUCGGUGGAGUCACCGGUGAGAACGGGGGUUUGAACAGCGGUGGCGGCGGCGGUGCUGCUGCCGGUAUGAUCACCAACACCGAGGAGUAUCAAGAGUUGCAGCGCCAGUCAGAGUCGCGUCUCAACGAAGCGCGCAAGCUACGCGAGGAGAAAGCCAAUCUCAUGAAGGAGCUACAGCAGAUUCAGAUCGACAUCCGUAACAUCCCGGAGGAUCGUAUCAUCAAUUCGAUGCCAUACCAGAUCUUGCGUCAACGUCUACAGGUGGUGUCGGACGAACUCGACAUCAAGACCAAUCUCUUUGCGAAACUCCAACACGAACUCCAGCAACUCACGAUCGCACGUCGUGUGGAUCGCGAGAGCUACGAGGCAUUCGAGUUGCAGCGUCGCCAGAAUCUGGAGCGUCGUGUCCAGCAGCUGGAGAGCGAUGCCACCGAGCUCAAGUCAGAGAAGGAGAAGCUCAUCAACAUUAUCGACCAGAAACUACCGGGUAUUCCAUCGCAAGAGUAUCUCUCAGAGUCGCGAAUGAUGCUCGAGACCAAGGACACUGACAUUCAAAAGUUGAAAAAAGAGAUUGAACAACUUAAACAAACCGUUGAAACUUAUCGUGAUGGUAAGGAGGCAAUCGCCCAAAUCGAGAACAAAGCUCAAAAAGAAAUUGAGUCAAAGAACCAAGAGAUCAAAGGUUUCACAGAGAAACUACAGGAAAUUACAAAAGCAAAUGAAGAAUUGAAACAUUCUGAAAAGAAAUUAAUUGAAAAGGAAAAAGAAUUGGAAAUAUUGAAAUCGAGUUCAUCAGAGAAAGCAGAUGUUGUAGAAUUACAGAUCUCCGAGAAGAAACUAAAGGAACAAGUGGAGGAGUUGAAAAAGAGUUUGGUAACGGUGGACCAGUUGAAGCAACAACAUCAAGAGCAAGUCGAUCAACUACAAGAAAAACAUAGAUUGGCUAUUAAAGAGUUGGAGCAAACGAUACGUCUGACCAAGGAGGCAACGGUUUCAAUGGAGGAGAAGGUGGCGCGUUCCGAUGAGAAACUAAAGAAUCAAGCGGAAAUCAUGGCAAAGAUCGAGGACAAAUGUCAGGUACUACAGAAGCAGCUCUCAAAGGUCACCGAGGAGCUACACACCUGUAACUUUGAGUUGGAGAAGCACAAACGUUUUGUCAGAGAGACCUCUGCACACUCCACUGAGCUAAAGACCCAGUGGGAUCAUCUCGGUGCAAUGAACGCAGAACUAAAGAAGAAAGCAGAUGAUUCAAUAUUUGCUUUGGAGAGAGAGAUUGAUAAAGCCAAGAGAUUAGAUGAGGAAAAACAAAUACUUAAAAAGAAAUUAGAAAAAGCAGCACAAAAUACCACUUCAUCAACAUCGACAGCAGAAGAAGAGUUAAGAUUAGUAAAUCAAAAAUUAAGAUGUACUAUUUGUAAUGAUAGACAAAAGAAUCAUGUAAUCGCCAAAUGUUUCCAUGUGUUUUGUAAGGAAUGUAUAUAUUCAAAUAUCGAUACCAGAAAAAGAAGAUGCCCCAGCUGCAAGAGACCAUUUUCCGAAAGUGAUGUUCACCAAAUAUAUUUAACUUAA